AUGGGCAAGUCUCAGUCGAAGCUUUCACCUACGCAGCUCGAAGAGCUGCAACGGGCCACACAUUUUGAUAAGAAAGAGUUACAGCAAUGGUACAAAGGGUUCCUUAAAGACUGCCCAUCAGGUACCCUGACGAAGGAAGAGUUCCAAAAGAUCUACCGACAAUUCUUUCCCUUCGGUGACCCAUCAUCGUUCGCAAAUUAUGUUUUCCGCGUAUUCGAUUCGGACAAUAGUGGCAUGAUCGAUUUCAAAGAGUUUAUCUGCGCUCUUUCAGUGACCUCGCGGGGCAAGAUGGAAGACAAACUAGACUGGGCCUUCCAGUUGUAUGAUAUUGAUGGCGAUGGGAAAAUCACUUAUGACGAAAUGCUGGCCAUUGUCGAGGCGAUCUACAAAAUGGUGGGAUCUAUGGUGAAACUCCCUGAGGACGAAGAUACCCCGGAGAAGCGAGUACGGAAGAUCUUCCGAAUGAUGGACAAAGAUGAGAAUGGCAGCCUUGACAUUGAGGAAUUCAAAGAAGGCAGCAAACGGGAUGAAACUAUUGUCAGUGCCUUGUCGCUUUACGACGGAUUGGUUUAG